GAGUGUGCUGACGAAUUACAAAUAAAUUUAAACGCUCGCCGUAAGUCUUAACCUGGUUAACGGGAUUGUAAUGACAGCUUCCAUGUUUGCAGGACAAACCCUUGUUGUGUUCUAUGAUGCUUCCUCAACCUUGUGAACAGACGAUUCGCCUCUGAGAAACACUCUGCAAACCUAUCAAAGGGAUAUCUCUCCGCAGUGAGAAAACAUUUUAAAACUAAAAUGAAAACGUAAUUAUUUCGGACAGGCUUCAUCGAAUCCUUGAUUCACAAUAUACUGCAAUCCCUGUGUACAUUGCGACGAUCCCUCAGAGGAUGCCUCCCGUCUAAAUGGAUAAUAAUGAUUGGGAAGGGAAACGGAGAUGAAUGAAUCAAGAGUAACGCUAACGAUUGCACCCUCAGGGCAAAUAGGUCCUUUUUUCAUAAGACUGAGUUUUUGAUCUGAAACUCCAACACAUUUACUGCAAAUUGAUUUUCUUCUCAGAUUGCCUCACGACCUGGGCUGGCCGACAAUUUCCUGAAUGGAGGGGUUGAGCACGAAAAGAGGUUGGAAUCAAGUUACAUGUCAAUCAAACGGGUUUUCGGUGCUUUGAUCCAAUCGGAGGCAGACCAGCCAAGAUUAACUACAAUUCCCAUCAUUCCUGAAGGUGGGCUCAAGUGAUACGUCAAUCAAGAAUGGAACAGUCCAAUUAGGUGCCAAGUUCCAGUCUGGACUUCCGGUUGGUGAGACUUAGACCGUUAGCGCAAAUUUUCUCAGUGCGAGUGAGGCAUGGCACCUGUAUGAGGGACAUCUGGUUGGACAGCUCUUAUCAUAAAUGCCUUGCUUGAAAAUGUUUUUAAAUGUAAUUAAAUACAUAUAUUUAUUACAAGGUGAUAAUUCCAUUAUAGCAAUAAUUUAAGUUUUGUUUUCUCGAGAGAAUAAUUUUGAGGACUGGGGAAGAGGCGACGGCAAGGUGUCCAGUUUAUAUAUAAAAAUAAAAUUUGGGAAAUCAAUACAUGAUGAAGAAGUUUAAUUUCCGCAAGGUGUUGGACGGUUUGACAGCGGCGUCUUCGCCGGCUCACCCAGGCAGCGGUGGACUCGGAUCCGGGGCAGGGGGCAGUGGAGGCGGUGUCAGUAGCGGAGGAGGCAGCGGCAGUAGUGGCGGCGGCGGUGGUACCUCGGGAGGAGGGAGAGGUGGAGCUGGGGAUGCGGAAAUACCCGAGACUCUCACGUCGGAUCACUUCCAGAUCUGUAAGACUGUGCGUCAUGGCUUCCCCUGCCAACCGACGGCCUUAGCUUUUGAUCCAGUACAAAAAAUUCUGGCCAUUGGGUGCCGCACAGGAGCUCUACGAAUACUAGGUCGUCCUGGAGUUGACUGCUAUUGCCAACAUGAUAGUGGGGCAGCUGUGCUGCAACUUCAGUUCUUGAUAAAUGAGGGAGCUUUAGUAAGUGCAUGUGCAGAUGACACACUUCACCUGUGGAAUCUUCGUCAAAAGCGCCCAGCGGUUCUUCAUUCACUCAAAUUCAACAGAGAAAGGAUUACCUGCUGCCAUCUCCCUUUCCAGAGUAAAUGGUUAUAUGUGGGAACAGAGCGAGGAAACAUGUACGUUGUAAAUAUCGAGUCCUUUGUCCUUUCGGGAUAUGUCAUCAUGUGGAAUAAAGCGAUAGAACUGUCUACAAAAACUCACCCUGGCCCUGUUGUUCAUUUAAGUGACAGUCCAAGGGACGAAGGGAAACUGCUCUUGGGGUAUGAAAGCGGAACAGUUGUACUGUGGGACGUCAGGUCAAAGAGGGCAGAUUUUAGAUUUUAUUAUGAUGAGGCUAUCCAUUCUAUCAGCUGGCAUCAUGAAGGGAAGCAAUUCAUGUGCAGCCACUCAGAUGGUAGUUUGACACUUUGGAACUUGAAAAGCCCAAACAAACCUUUUCAGCUAAUAGUACCACAUGGUAAAGUCCAGCGAGAUGGUAAGAAACCUGAGUCUUGCAAACCAAUCCUAAAAGUAGAUCAUAAGACUUGCAGAAAUAGUGAGCCGUUUACUAUUUUUUCUGGAGGACUGUCCUAUGAUAAAGCAUGCAGAAGACCCAGCCUGACCAUUAUGCAUGGCAAAUCUAUUACAGUUCUGGAAAUGGAUUAUCCCAUUGUGGACUUCCUAACUCUCUGUGAAACACCCUAUCCAAAUGAAUUCCAGGACCCUUAUGCUGUGGUUGUACUACUUGAGAAGGAUCUGAUUGUUAUUGAUCUCACACAAAACAAUUUUCCUAUCUUUGAAAACCCGUAUCCAAUGGAUGUGCAUGAAUCUCCAGUGACUUGCUCUGAGUAUUUUGCAGAUUGUCCUCCUGAUUUGAUACCUGCCCUCUAUUCUAUUGGAGCCAAACAACAAAAAAAGCAGGGAUAUAGCACAAAGGAAUGGCCAAUUGCUGGUGGCACAUGGAACUUGGGUGCACAAACAUAUCCUGAGAUAAUCAUAACAGGGCACGCAGAUGGUUCUUUGAAGUUCUGGGAUGCUUCUGCCAUAACUCUACAAGUAUUAUACAGAUUGAAAACCUCCAAAGUGUUUGAAAAACAGAAGGUGAAAGACGGGAAGCAGACUGCAGAGAUUGUUGAAGAGGAUCCCUAUGCAAUACAAAUGAUCAGUUGGUGUCCGGAAAGUCGAAUUUUUUGUGUUGCAGGCAUCUCGGCACAUGUUAUUGUUUAUAGAUUUAGCAAACAUGAAGUUACAGCUGAGAUAAUGGCCCUUGAGCUACGGUUACAGUAUGAAGUUGAAGACAUUGUUACUCCAGAACCUGAACCGGUGCAGCCACUCACUGAUACGUCUUCUCAGCUUUCAUCUUCAAAGAGUCCAGCAUUAUCUGGUAGUGCAAAUGCAUUAGCGCCGGAGGGAGUAAGAGACAGCAUCCCAUGUCUCAAGGUUAAAACUCGUCCUGUCAAAAUGGCUCCUGGAUAUCAGGCUGAUCUCGUCAUCCAGCUGGUAUGGAUUGAUGGGGAACCACCUCAACAGAUCACCAGCCUAGCAGUUAGUUCUGCCUAUGGUCUUGUGACAUUUGGAAACUGCAAUGGUUUGGCGGUUGUGGACUUUAUGCAGAAGACCAUUCUCCUUAGUAUGGGAACCAUUGAGCUUUAUGGUACAAGUGACCCAUUUCAACGCCUUCUCAAAUCUCCUCGUAAGAGCAAACAGCUCACUGCAGGCUUGACUGAACUUGCGGAUAGCCCUGGAUCACUAGAGGUUGAACGCUGCAAAUCACCCACCUCAGUAAAAGGACCAAGAAAGUUAAGUCUGCCGACAGAUCUUAAGACUGAUCUCGGAUCUGUGAAAGGUUCCUGUUUUGAAGGGAGAACAGCUGUUUCAAAGAACUCACUGAAAGCUUUUGAGAAGACUAGAACAAUAUUUGAAGAUCACAUCAAUGGAGUGUGCACGAGCCCUACAUCCCAACCCUGCAACACUGGGAAGCGCCUUUCCGUUGUAGAUUCUUCAAAAUUGAACCGUCGUGGACCAGGACGGCCACCUUUUCGAAAAGUACAGUCUGCUGCCUGCAUGGAAAUCUCAUUGCCUCUCACCCACACAGAAGAAAGUAAAGAAAAUACUUUUAAUCGAUCAAGAAGUUCCAGCGUCUCCAGCAUCGACAAAGAAUCAAAGGAAGCCAUAACAGCUUUAUACUUCAUGGAGUCCUUCAGCCGUAAGAUGGACACUACCCUCUCACCAUGUCUCUGGGUUGGUACCAGUUUGGGUACAGUACUAGUUAUCUCAUUGAACCUUCCUCCAGAGGAGCAAAGAUAUUCAGAGCCACUCAUGGUUUCUCCCAGUGGCACAGUGUUAAUGUUGAAAGGAGCCAUAUUAACAUUUUCCUCUUUGGAUUCUGUGGGUGGUCUAAUACAUCCCCCGUAUGAGGUGUGGAGAGACCCAAACAGUGAAGAUAAAGAUGAUAAAGGACGGAGAAGAAAGCUAGUAAAAUUUUCACCAUCUUCCUCUCAGGAGAUGGCAGACCACCAAUAUGUAGUGCUCUGCUCUGAAAAACAAGCCAAACUCUAUUCACUUCCUUCUCAGUGCUGUUUGUAUGUACACAAUAUCACAGAGACUUCCUUUGUAUUACGAGCAGAUGUCGUAACGAUGUGCAAUAGCAUCUGCCUGGCUUGCUUCUGUGCUAAUGGACAUAUUAUGACCUUAAGCUUGCCAAGCCUUAGGCCAUUGCUGGAUGUAAACUAUCUUCCUUUAACUGAUAUGAGAAUAGCCCGGACUUUCUCCUUUACAAAUGGCGGACAGGCUCUGUAUCUGAGUUCACCCAGUGAAAUACAGCGAAUCACCUACAGCCAAGAGAUGUGUGAAAAUCUUCAGGAAAUGCUUGGAGACUUGUUUACUCCUAUUGAAACUCCAGAGGCCCAGAACAGAGGGUUUUUAAAGGGGUUGUUUGGAGGAAGUGGACAAACAUUUGAUAGAGAGGAGUUAUUUGGAGAGGCUUCAGCAGGUAAGGCAUCUCGAACUCUUGCCCAGCACAUCCCUGGACCUGGUGGACUUGAAGGGGUUAAGGGUGCUGCAUCUGGAGUUGUUGGCGAUCUAGCCCGUGCUCGUAUUGCUUUGGAUGAACGUGGACAGAGAUUAGGGGAAUUGGAAGAGCGAACUGCUGCUAUGAUGGCAAGUGCAGAGACUUUCUCCAAACACGCACAUGAGUUGAUGCUCAAAUGCAGAGAUAAGAAGUGGUAUCAGUUUUGAAGACUACAAGAACUGUUAACUAUGCGUUAAUUCAAUAAUGCCAUUCAGGGAAAUGGAUGUUGUCUCCUUCUAUUGGUUGCCAGAAAGGAAAUGGCUUUUCUCCUCCAAAACUCCUAUUCUCAAAAACGAUAUGAAAAAUAACAUGAAUCCUUCUGUUUCCACAAAUGAAAGAACAAAAGCUGAAUAUGAGGUCUCAGUCCAUUGAGACUAGGAUUUUAUCCCUGAAGCUUAUGUUUCCAUUUCACCCAAAUGCAAUAGACGACUCACAUUUUAUUUAAAAAGAGCUUUUUCCUCACUCAAUAUGGAAAGGCAACCUGGUAGCAACUUGUACAGAUUUGAAUGAUAAUGCUCUUAUAGAAAAAAUACUUUAAUACCUUGCAUGGAAAAAGUAUCAUCCUUAUGAUAAACAAAAGCAUGUUAUUAUUGGAGAUGGGAGGGGAUGGAUUUCAUUUCUAGCUUUGACAGAAUACAAAGAGAAAACAAGAAAAAUAUUUCUAUUUUUAAAUCUGCAUAGCAAAGCCAAAACUGGCAUGUGAACUGCAACAGAGAAUUGACUGUUUGAUGGCCGAAUGAAUGAAUGAUUGGAUGUGCUGUUCAACAAACUGGAAACUGUUGAAUACCAGAUAACCUGGCAGUGAAUCUUCAAAUUUCAUUAAAACUUCCCUUAGCUACAAAUUCUGCUUUGCAUUAGCAUAUUGCUCUGGUAUGAUAAAGAAUAUGCAGCAUGAUUGAUGUUAACUACAAUAGAGCAGAAGGUCAAACCAUUAGAUUUGUUUCUUGAUUACUCUGUUACAGGGUGUAAUGGAUAUUGCUUUGAGAACUUGGGUGAACUGGAGUCUACCUAAUUGUCAGUGUUUUUUCUCUGCAAGCAUUUAUAUGGGAAACGGUCAUUAUCAGGUUGCAGAAGGUUAUGUACUUUGAGGAGUUGGACAAUUUAUGGGACACGAGGCAAACAUUCUAUUGCAUCCCACUCUCCUUCACAACUAACAUAAUCUCAGUUUAUGCCGUGUGGAUUAGUUGGAAGAAAAUAGGAGAAAAAACCUUGAUUAACUUUAAAUUAGAAUCUCUCUAGCAUUAACUUGUGCACAAAUCAAGUAUUAAUCAUAUAUCUCAAAAGAAACUGGCAUUGUUCACUCCAUGGCUCCGUAUACAUAUAAACUUGUACCGAUGACCAAAGCAUAAAGUAAAAUAUGGCCGAUUGUGGAGUGUUUCCAGCAUUUUCUGUUUUAAUCGCUGAUGCAAAGAUGGAAAGAUGCUUGCAUCUCUUUGCUCUCAAGAGCUUUGACUACUUACCAAUACAAACAUCCCACAGUAAAUCUAGUAAGCACAGAUAAAGUAAUAUUUCAUUCAGUGACACAGACGUGGAAUACAUCUGUUUUGCUGUCUCCAAAGUACACAGUUCAACAGAGCUCAUAUCAGAUCUACAAAUAAGAACUGUACAUAGUGCAUUCUCUCCAAUAUCAACAUCACAGUUUUGAUACACUCUUGGCAGUUAAUUACAAUUUACAUUGCCGCCAGAACGCUUUAUAACUGGAAGCACUGACGGAUUACUUGAUGGUUCUUUAUUUCUAACGAUCCAUUUACAAGAUAAAUCCUGUGAAUAUCCCAGUUAAUCUGGGCAACGAUAGCCAGAACUGAAUGACCCAUCACUAUUUAUAUAGAGUGUGAUUGUCAAAAUUAUGUACUCUGUUGUGGACUUCUUGUCUGAUAUGUGGUGAUUUUUGUUUUUUAAAUGUUGGGCAAUCUGUGCCAAUUUCAUUUUAAUCCCCAACAUAAAAGUUAGGGUUUGUAUUUGUGCCUUGUGUUAAAUGUUACAGUGUCUUUACUUGAUCUUUUGUAACACUGGCAUUCACAGAUUUACUUUAGAUAAGACCAUAAGAUUUAGAAGCAGAAUUAGACCAUUGGACCGAUCGAGUCUAUCCACCAUUCCAUCAUGGCUGAUUUAUUAUCCCUCUCAAUCCCUUUCCCCUGCCUUCCCUCUAUAACUUUUGACACCCUGAUUACUCAAGAAGCUAUCAACCUCUGCCUUAAGUAUACCCAAUGAACUGGCCUGCACAGCUAUUUGUGGCAAUGAAUUCCACAGAUUCACCACCAUCUGGCUAAAGAAAUUAUUCCUCAUCUCAGUUCUAAAUGGACGCCCCUCAAUUUGGAGACUGUGCUCUCUUGUCCUAGACUCCCCCACUAUAUGAAACAUGUUCUCCAAAUCCACUCUAUCCAUACCUUUCAGUAUUUGAUAGGUUUCAUUCUUUCAAACUCCAGUGGAUACAAGCCCAGAGCAAUCAAAUGUUUCUCAUAUGUUAACCCUUCCAUUCCUCAGAUUUUUCUUGUGAACCUUCCUCUGAACCAUCUCCAAUGCCAGCACAUCUUUUCUCAGAUAUGCGGCCUAAAACUGCUUAUAAUACUCCAAGUUCGGUCUGACCAAAAAUGUGGUUUCCUCAAAUGUUGAGAAAAUAGUGGUUUACAAUAUUUGCAAUCAUGAAUUACAAUAUUUAACUCUUUAAUUUUAUAGAAUAAUAUGCAGAGAAAUGCUUUUAACUAAUAAUUAUGUAGAAUUAAUUAAGCUAGUUUUUUCCUGCAUGCAGUUCUCACCAGCACACUAACAGAAUGCAAAAAUAUUCCUCAUUAAUAUAUCACCAACAAUCUUGUCUAAAUCAAAUUAUGUAGAAUUAAAUGAAGCAACUUGUUCCCCUCACUCAUUUCUUACCAGGGUAUCAUCAGAAUGCAAAAACUUUCCUCAUUAAUUGCCACUGCACCAAUAAUCUUGCCCAGUUCAAGUUAGAAUUCAUAUAAACAAAUUAAUGUUGGGUUUCACUCCAUUACCAUCAAAGCAUAAUCCAUAAAGCAAUAAUUAUCAAAGAAAGCUUGCCAUAAAAUUCUCUACCCCUUUCUAAGGCAUGAGUUUAUUUCUUUUCCAACAUUUAUUGUUGAUGACAUCCACAAGGUGUGAUGUCAUCAAGUCAUCUCUCACUUGAUUGUAAAUAAGGAAGGGAAAAAAGCACAAUUUUUAAAUACCAAAAUAUUUUACAGAAUAUUAACUGAAAAUUUGAAGAGACAAAGAACUUUGUGUAAACUAGAAGCAGACUUGUCAUAAAAAUACCUUACCUUGAUAAAAGCUUUUAUCUCAAAAUACUAUAUAUGAAAUACUUCAAUGAGAAAAUUGUAAUCCAUAAAUUUAUUUUGUUUUUUUAGGGAAAAAAAGUAAAAAUUAUAGUUUAGUAAGCCAUUAUAAAAUCUCCAGCUAUAUGCAACAGAGCAAUAUGUUUUUAGAUUUCCCAUUGAGAGUAGUCUUCAUAUGUAAUUCUGUCAAUUCAGUUAAUUUCCUUUGAAUACUGUUGAGAAGGCAACAAAACAGCUGAAUGUUUGGAGGACAUCAGAAAUAAUGACAGCAAAUAGUAUUUAUUUGAGUGCCAUUAUAACUCCACAAUUUGGCCUGAGUAUACUUGGGGACAUGUUCAGGACUAUUAGAAUGAGGCAUUAUAAAGUCUACUGAGAGAUUACGUUAAUUAUCUGCAGUCCUAGUCUACUCGGUGCUGCUCCUUAAUCCAGUUUCAAUUAGAACUGCCUUCCAUUUCAUUCCCAUUGCUAUUAAUCACUUUGAGCCAUUAAUAAGAUGUAUAAUUAUUAAUUUCCCUCUUGUACUAUUUUAUUUCUUUCUCAAAUUUCUGACAUCAGCACCUAACCAUGUGGGAAAGUCAAGCUUUACAGGAAUUAUGUGUGUAUAGUGUUUAAAUUAUAGAUGUUCCCAAAAUUCUAGAAUUGGUUAACAAAAUAUAUAUAUUAUGCAUGUUCAAUUUUAUUUUUGUUAGUAUGUGCUAAGUUAAAACAGCAUCUGAAGUUUCUAAAAAAUAUAGCUGUUUCAACUAACAAUCAGGAUUGGGUCUUUCAGUUGAUCACAAAAGGAUUUCACAUUUGAAAUUAUGGACUUGUAUUAGCAUAUUUUUCUGCCUAGGAAAAAUGCAAGGCAUGUUUCAAACUAUGAAAAGGUUUGCACUGUCCUGAGGUUAUUAAGUUCACAUUUUAAUACAGGUGUUGAUUCCUUGACUUGCUAAAUUUUUCUUUAAAGGUCCAUGCCCAUAGUGUAAGUGAACAGUUUUAGCUGAACUGUGGCAUAAUCAUAUUGCCACUUUACAGUGCCCCCAUCAUAUUUUUGUGGACAGUUAACAGCUGCAACUGAUUGAUUUUGCACUCUAAGUAAGAAAUCCCUCAUAGCUAGGUUAACCAAACAAAUUUUUUCUCUUUCAUCUUUUAUUAGAUAUUCGGCAUUGCACAUUUGUAACAUUUACAAGUUACAUCUGGUAUACAAAAGUACCAUUUUUAAAGAUUGAUCAUGAUUAGCAUUAAAAACUGAAUGUAUCCAUACUUUAAUGUGGCUGGGUCCCAAGAAUUGGAACUAAGGUUUGUAUUGUUCUGAUUUAUUUUUUUUAAAAGUUUAACUGGUAAAAUGGUUAAUUAAAUGCAAAUCAUUCUACCAAUAACUAGUCCUAUAUAUUACAUACAUUAUCCUUGUACAAUAAACUGCCAAAUUAAUGUUUACAUUUUCCAUAUGGUAUAUGUUCUCUUCAGUUCAGUGAAAAUGUCCCUUUCUCCAUGAUUAGAAAUACCAGUGCUUGAUCUCUUUAAUUAUGUACAAGUAAAGGACCAUAACCUUCUGAUAUAUACUCAGCUACAUCAUAGAUGUCUUUCAAAUCUGAAUUACUCCUUUGUGCACUAAGUCAUUUGAUUUAGCUACUUUGGGUUUAUGUGGUUAGUUCUAUAAGAUACAUAUUUUUUAAAGACAGGUAUGAAUCGCUCUUUGAUCGUAAUCCUCUUUGCAAGAUUGCACGGCAGGUGCAAUUGUAUCCUGCAGUCUGGCUCAAAUCAAAUGACGUGCUCUGUGAAGAAAUGAAUAAAAUCCAAAUUCAUCUUUGCAGUGUGCUCUCAGACAAUAUCACACUUUUAUGGAAACUUGAAUGCAUUUCAUGGCACUGUAAUGGUCUGUGAAACAAUUAGCCGUAGUAUUUUAAGUGAUAAUCAGCAAGAAAAGCACUUUAUUAUUAAGCCCUUCACUGUAACAUUUUUAUUACGGUUAUGUCUACCAAAGAUAGAAAUAUUUGUUCAGUGGUGGCACAGACUUAUUGAUAUUCUUUCAUGCAUGUGCAAUCUCCAUGGAAGUGAAGUAUGACUUUCUUCUCCCAAGUGAAAGAAUACAAUAGUCACCAUCAUCCAUGAUGUAUAAUGUUUAUUCUCUACAGAUGCAAAGUCCAUUAAAACAUUCCACAAGA